AGAGCAAAUGUCAGGCAUGUGGAAAAAAACAAUGUGAGUGAUAAGUGAAAAUAUGGAAAUGGAUAAGCCCUUUAGUUGAAGCCUUUAAGAAUUACUAUUUUAUUUAAUAAUUAUUUAUAUCAUAAAUCGUGCAAGUGUAAGACUUAAUAAAAUGACCCACGUCGAGAAACGCCAAUCAAGAACCGGAAAAGAGGCAAUACACUCUGGACAUUUUAUGGUGUCGCAUUUUGAAGCAGAAGAGCAAGAUGAUUACGACGACUUAGCUGUACCAGUCCCAGAUGAAGAACAAAAUGUUCAAAAGGAGACUGUUGUAGCAACGUACACAGUACCUGUUUCUACUGAAACAUUUCAACUCUCAGAUAAAGACGAAAGUAAACAACAUCAACAACUUUCUAUUGAAAUAUCUCUUACAAAAUUAUUCAAAUGUAUGACCUUAGCAUACAGACAAAAACUAACAUCACCAAAAUGGAAUCGUUUCAAAGGUAUCAAACUCCGGUGGAAGGACAAAAUCAGAUUAAACAAUGUUAUAUGGAGAUGUUGGCACAUGCAGUUCAUAAAGAAACAAAACACUUUGGUGUGCCAGUUCGCUUCCCCUUUGGAUGUUGACACACACGUGAAACCAGAAACAACGAUUCUAGAAGGAAAAUAUUGGAAGAGAAGAGCUGAAGCGGUUAUAGCAGAAUAUAAAAAAUGGCGCAUGUUUCAUAUUAUGCGACUCCUUGGCAAGGGGGACACCUCUGUCCAGGACACUAUGUUACAACUGUCCGGUUUUCAGAUGUCGGAUAUGGACACGGUGGAGUCCCAGUGCAGCGACCUUGCAGGCAACAUGCUCACAGACGAGGACUAUCUUAACUUCAUGAGUGACACGCUAUUCUCCACAAUUACUAAUCAUCAACCAUUUGCUUUCCCCGAUUGCAGGGAAAUUGCCAGGGGCGCAAGCUUAGCUGACUUCAUUCAACCAAGCUUAGGUCCUUUGCAGCCUAACCUUGAUGAUUUUAUGGACACGUUGGAACCACUUCACGAUCUUCUGUCAUCAACGCCUCGUUUACCGCCCGUACCCGAAGAAACGACUAUUCCUACAGAAGAUCCCAUGUACAGAAGUGCUAUGUCAGUGGAUACAUAUUCUUCACAAGGUUAUAUCACAGGAAAUCACAACGCCACCACUGCCACAAUGCCUACAAGUCAAAUGACUAUUCACGGCACUAGUAAUAAUACUCAAAUGAUGCCUAUGUCGGAGCCGCCUAAAAAUGAAACACUGCGAAUGUACAAUAACGAUCGGCUUUAUUCUGAAUCAGGGAUGCAGAAUAAUCUUCUCGGCACCCAUCAGAUAAUGCCUGCUUACCCGCAAAAUACGUACGAACAACAAGAAGUCACUCAGUCAGAACAACAAAUUCCCAACAAUGUCUAUAGCACCAAAGCGCCAAGGUUAAGAUAUGUGAACGCUCCACAUAAAGUAAUGCCCCAAGCGGAAUCGUACCCUAAAUAUAAUGCACCACUACCUCCUUCCCAGACGGCCCCAGAGACAGUAUCGCUGCUUCAAAAUCCAGUGCAAAACGUGAAGUACGCGUCAACAGUUGUGAUUCAAGGGAGGAGCGGUUAUAACAGGGAGAAACCUCGGACUCGUCUCGCAAUUUCAUUGCCGUAUUCAAGUCCUAUGUCGAAUACUCAGUACCAGAAUUAUUCACAACCGUUACAGUGCCAGGCUCAUGUGCCCCAGAGCUUUGACGCUCGCCAACCGGUUAGGCAGACGUCCCCGCAAAUGCAGUACUUGCAGCCAAGUACAUCAGAGUUCAAGGCCAAACCUUCGCCAACCGUGGUUAAUGCGCGCUCGUUCAAGCUACCCUCACCUCCUUUAGCGCCUGCUCCUUCGCAGCAGGGUCAAGUGGUGGCGGGUACGAGUUCAGCAGGCACGAAUGUCCGGAGUAAGGAGCAAUUCCGUUCGCACAGCUUGCCUUUGGGUUCGCAGUUGAGCGCGGACUGGGUCGUCACCGAGCCAGUGGCCAGUGGAAGCCAUGAUGCGCCCUCAACACACAGCACACACCCUAGUAGGGGACGCGAGCUGAACCCGGCCGCCAUGCGCAUCAGGUCGCGCUCGACGUCGAGCACGGCGGCGGACGCGGGCGGGGCGGGCGCGGGGCCGGGCGCGGGGCAGGGCGCGCGCCGCCCGCCGCCGCUCACCAGCGUCGCGUCCGAGCCCGCGCUGCCGCAGGCGAGCGUGAUGCUCGCGCAACUGCUUUCGGCGCAACAUUCUCAAAGCUUGUACAAGUUAAACAAUAGUACGGAAGAAGGUUUAGGGUCGGAUCCCCUGAAGUCUCCGAUCUUAAGGGCUCAGCCCUCCCCCAUUGGCAGUGAUGUUAUGUCGCCGCAUCAUUCGCGGGCGCAGUCGCUGUCGCCGGGCGGGUCGCCGGGGUCGCCGCGCGCGGGCUCGCCGCGGGAGCCGCGCCGCACGCACCUGCACGCGGAGCAGAAGCGCCGGUACAAUAUCAAGAACGGCUUCGACACGCUGCAGGCGCUCAUACCCCACCUCAAUGCUAACCCCGCCGCUAAGAUAAGUAAAGCUGCAAUGUUACAAAAGGGUGCAGAGUACAUAAAGCAAUUGAAGGCAGAAAGGAAUCAGAUAAAGGAGGAGAUGGAGAGUUUGCGGCAGCAAAUCGAAUGUUUAAAUAAUUCCAUAUCCAACUGCCACUCGCUGCUGCCGGCGACGGGCGCGCCCGUGUCGCGCGGCCGCUCGGGGCGCCUGCGCGAGAUGUUCGCGGCGCACGUGGCCGCGCGCACUAUGCACAAUUGGAAGUAUUGGCUCUUCAGCGUGGUGAGCGCGGCGCUGGUGGAGUCGUUCAGCGCGUGCGUGUCGUGCAGCAGCGGCGCCGACCUCGUGCGCACCACGCUGCUGUGGGCCGAGCAGCACUGCUCGCUCGUCGAGAUGAGACCCGCCGUGCUGAACUCCCUGCGCGUGCUGUGCACGACGACGGACAUCCUGUCGAGCCCCGAGCGGCUCGCGGAGGAGGCGCGCGCCGCGGCCGCCGCCGUCAAGAGCGAGCCGACCUAACGUGACGUCACCGCGGUCGACACCACGUGACGUCACCGCCGCCGACCACGCCUCCGCCACGCCCCCGCCGCGCCCCCGCCGCGCCCCCGCCGCGCCCCCGCCGCGCCGGUGAGAUACCCACAUAUCUACUUUCACUUUGCCGUUUUAUUGCGCCGCCUUAUCGUGUAUGGAUACGAUAUGUGAGUGAAUUUAACUAAAGCGUUUUAUCUGGCGCGUUAAAAAUAAAUGUUGAUGCAAUUCGAAUCGCGUCGGGGGAUUUUUGAAAGAAGGUUGCUGUUUUAGAUUUAAACUUCACAGUGAAAGGUGGGGAAUGUCAUUAUAAUAAAUAGGCAUUUAUUUCUUGCACCAACUGUGUCAGUGGAAUCAGCCGAAAUGCUGUUUCAGCGACUUAAUCAUAUGUUUUAUAUUUAAUGGCGUUUAUUGUAUAAACAACUAGACUUACAAUCACGUCCAAAAUGUGUCCGAAGUCAAACUCGACUGGUGGGUAGAGUUUUCUAAUAAACGAUACAAUAGACUUUGAACAUUAGUGCUUCGAAAUAAGGUAUUAAUUUCAAUGAAUGUUUUUUACAACGUCGCUCGGACAUUUUUGACGACCUUUUAAUAGCCGAUUGUGAGUCUAGUUGUUUAUAGCACCAAUGACUUUAUUGGAUAUGUCGAAUUUGUUAAAACGUAUCUUUUUUCAAGAAAUCUUGAUUCAAAAUCCAACAUCUGUUGUACUAUCGAAUCCUUCGAUACUGAAACAUAGAUAAAAAAUAUGUGUGAACAAGGACCAUAUUAUGGUAAAUAAUAAAUUUUGUUAAAAUUGGAGAUACUAUAAUAAAAUUGUGACUUUUAUACCCAAUUGAAUUAAACAACAAUUAAAUUUGUACACCUUAUACAUAACUAGAAAUUAUGAAAUACUCAAAUAUAAUAUACCAUUUUGUGAAUGAAACUUAUAUGUAGCUAUACAUAUUUGUAAUUUCAUCAGUUUCAAGGGACGUGUCGGUGGCUGAUUGCGUUCAGGCCCAAUAUAGUAAUCAAUACGAUUAAGUUAGUUGGGUAUUUUUGUGCAAUUUUUGGUGUUCACAUGUCCUUAUUGCUAUGAGGAUGCGCACAAAAUUCUAUGAGACGGGUAAAAUAUUAUAAAAGUGCGGGUGGAUUGCCACACCGAUUGGUGAUCCUACAAAAUUGUUAUUGUUAACACUCGGCUAGCGCUUUGUUUCUGUGAUUUUAUACUAUCAUAUAAUAUAAAUAUUCCUAUGAACGGUAAACUUGUUUAAUGUUUUCCUGUUUUUAUUCCUUAUCAGGAUUUUUGUAGGAGGGCCAAAUUCAUACCACCUAAUAGCUAUAAAUUCUCGCACCAUAAUCGUUUAUUGCCGGUGCUUGUGCGUUGUGCCUUAUCGAGGUUAAAACACGCUGUUAUUUAUUAAUGGAAUUCACAUCAUUUUAUAAUAAUAUAGGAUUAUCGAUUGUAAAAAUGUAUAUAACUACAACUCAGUGCCUUACGUAAGUGCCUUUGGAAACAUGAUCAGUGGAUAAUAUAUAAUAGAUAAAAAAAAUAGUUCGACUCAGACCAAAGAUUGUUUUGUCUUAAGAUGUGGCAGUGCAAGUAUCCACAAUGUGUAAUGAAUAAAUGAAACGAAACGUGGUCCGCCCGUCCUGUGUUACACGUGAAUACCAAUCUAGUGAAUAAGUGAAACAGAGAAUUUAUUAAACAUGUCGAGAUUUAAUGUAGAGUAAUAACUUUAAGUAUAUUUACGGCAGUAAGUUACUUUAAGUGAAUAUUUUUAUAUGGUUUGUGUGGUUACACAAAUAUUUUUAUAUAAUGUAAUUAUGUGAAUCGGUGCCAACGUAAAUAUUGUUGUAAAUUGUUAUAUAGUGAUAUAAUUUUAUGUUGUAUCGUUGACUCUGGUAGCACGUCGUGAGACGCUCAAUGUCAGCUUUAACUGAGUUUAUAUGCGAUUGUUGUCUAAAUACAUUGGAAUGAAACCUGAA